AUGCCCGACCUCAACAGCAUUGUCCAAGUGACAGCAGUGGCCUUGCCUCUCUUUGCUUCCGGUGGCAUCGCGACACUGAGUGCGUUUGACGUGCCGUUGCUUCAAGCGCAACCCGCCUCGAGAUCUCUGCCGAGCAUCAGAUGGCUAUUCAGUCGUGGAUCACACAUUUUCCCAACGGCCGCAUUCGUAUCGGGCGCCAGUCUAUUACAGUGUGCCUACCGCGCUCUACCUCCCGCGCAUCGCUUUACAUCGCUCAACUCCUUCACCAAAAUGGGCCCCAAGACGAAUUUCUUGCUGGCAGCAGCAGGCCUGGCCCUGAGCAUCGGCUCUUUUACCCAAAUAUUCAUGAUUCCGCUCAACUUUUCCAUGAUUAAGAAGAAUGAGGAACUUGGUGGCUUCAGAAGCGAAAAAGCCAUGCUCGAGGCUAAAAAUGGCAAAACUACGCCGACGCCGGGCUCCCGCUCAGCGUCCGACUCUGUGGCGGGCAAGGGUGAGGGAGACGAGUUCACCGACCUCACCGGCGCUCAUGCAUCGACUGCACGCGACUCGACUCCGGAGGAAGACAGAGAAAUGAGGGACCGCCUCGGUCAAUUCGCGCGUCUGAACUCGGUCAGGGCUGUUUUGAUAGGGGCGGGCGGGCUGCUUGGACUCGUAGCCACUACCCUUUAA